CCUUCUCAAAGUAUCAACAGUGAAAGAGGAAAGUGGAAAUUGAGAACCAAACAUUAAAUACGCAACUAAAGUAAACGACAGCCAGAAAGCAGCCAUUACAAGCAACAGCAAGAAGAAUAGCGCAAGCCUGUAACAAGAAGAAGAAGAAGAAGAAGAAGAAGAGCCGGCCAGUGAUGGAUCCUCCAUAUCUUCAUCACUCCAGGUACGUCGCCGUUUCGUCUCCUAACCCUAAUUUUUAUGCACCUCCCUCUUCCCAUGUUUACAACUACCGUCCGCCACCACCACCUCCUCAACAACAACAACAACAACCACUCCCUCCGCCACCGCCGCCACCACAAUCGCUCCCUGAUCCGCCACUUCCACCACCACUUCAUCACCCUCCUCUUUCUGUCCCUGCACCGCCGCCAACAAAGAAUCCGUAUAAUUCCCAUCAUCACCCCCAACUGUCGUUCAAUCCCAAUUUUAACCCUAAUCCUAACCCUAGAUCUCUUAAUCUUGAUCUCAAUCGUCACAGCCACCAACAACGAAGUCACGAUCUUGUCCACCGGAUUCCCGUUGAUGAUGAUCGCCAUCAUGAUUAUCGUCGUCAACGAUUGGUGCCUGAAUUUGGUGCCAGACCUGAUGUUUGGGACACCCCUCGGAUUUUCCCCGAUCAUCGUCCGGUUGUCAAUAAUUUGGUACAUCAUCGUCAAUUUGAUAACCGGCCUGUUUUUGAGAAGAUUAAGCAUGAAGUACAUAUGAAUCAUAGGUUUAGAGAAAGGUAUAACAACGAUGUCUUCGAAUUUGAGCAUAAUAAUGGUAAUAGUAAUCAAAGAUUAGAGUUUGUAUCACGUCGAGGUCCUUUUCUAUCUGAUUCUGAUAGAUUGGAUUCGGGUAAUUAUGGUAACAUACAUGGUUCACAGUUUGGUAAUAAUGAGAUGACAAGGAGUAAUGUGAGAGAUGGGGUUUUUGAGAGGCAGACAUUGAGAGGGAGGGAAAUUCGUGAUUCGAUGAUUGAAAUGGGUCAAAGUAGUGAGAAUGGUGGCGGUGGAGUUAGAAGUUUUAGUGGAAAGCGUGAGUUUUAUGAGGUAGAUUCUGGAAGAUACGGUAAUAAUAGAGGAAGCUGUGAGGACGGUUUUGAGUAUAAUAGGACUCCUAGGAAGCAAGUACAAAAGAAGAGUGCACUUUUGAGAAUACAGAAACCUUGUUUUAGAACUAGAGAAAAUGAUGAAUUGCAUUAUUCUGGUUAUUUUGAUGGGAUGAAGUCUGGUUCAUUCAGAGGGAAAGAUAAGGUUGUGUAUUCGGAUCAUGUGGUGGGUGCAGAGGAAGAGAGAGAGGGAAGUCCUGUGGAGCUUGAUGUUUCUUUCAAAUCUAAUUCAUUGGUGGCCAAGGCAAUUGUGGCACCUUUGAGUUCUGCCAUUGUUUCUGAUCCAAAUAUAACACCUAAGAAUGGAAAAAAUAGGAUAGUUAAGGUGUCAGAUAAGGAUCAUUCAAGUCCACAAGUGAAUAUAGUUUGUGACAGUAGUAUAAAGCUGGAUAGUUCCAGAUAUAUGAAUAAUGCCUGUAGUUCUGAUAAAAAUAUGGACUCAAAACAAUCUGGGAAGAAGGUUGCACCUUCUGCCACCGGUGAAAUGCAUGAUCAUAAUUUACAGUCUUCUACCACUCAGGCUAAUGAUUCACCUGCAAAGGUUAGAGUUGAAAGGUCAAAAAGUAUUGUUUCAGAUAAAGGAGGGACUGGUGAUAGUACUAAUAAAACAUCUUCGCUCAAGGUUGCAAAGAAGAAAAGAGUUGUGAAGAAAUUAAUCAAGAAAGUAAUAAACCCUAGUGCAGAUGUUUCCGGUUUGCAACCAACAGGGAAGAUUGAUGAACCUGUGAAAGCAGAUGGCUCCACCGUUGAGGCAUCUGCAGCUCCUUUGCUGAAAAAGGGAAGAAAACCUUCUAAAGAGAAAAUCACUCCUGCUGGGGCAACUUCACUUCAUUCCGUUGAUUUACAGCCUUAUCCAAGUAAAGGAAUAUUGUUGCCUGUUAAUGACAAAGUGGGUGGAUCUUCACAGGCUUCCAUGGGACCAGAGGAUGUUAACACUAAUGUUGAAUCUGGUGGUCCCCAUAUCGCUAAGAUUAAGGGAAAAAUGAGUGGCUCAAUCUCUCCUUUCGCUUCUCCAAGUAAUAAAGUAACUAAAAUGACUGAGGGUUUGGUGAAUUCGGAUAAUUCUUUAGUUGACAAACAGAAAACUGGCAAGGAUCUUAGUAAACCACUAAACAAAUCUGCUGUUCCUGACAUUGGUAGCGGUGAAGUUGCUGGGGAGCAGUUCUGUCACAAAGGAAACACUUCAUUGCUUGGGAAUUCUUCCACAAAAGAAUCUUCAAAAAUUUUGAUUUCAGUAGGAGGUGAUAUUAAUUCUGAUCUGUUAAUCUCAGAGGAAAAUGAAAGUCAUGAGACAAAUGUUUUUGCCCAUGGAAUGAAUGCAACCACAGGUUUUAAUAAUGGUUUAGUUAGCUCUCCUAAAAAAAUGACUAAUUCUGAGAUUACCUUUCUGGAUGCAUCUGGUAAGCAGCCAUGCAAAAGUCUGGGUUGCAGUGCUUUGGAAGAAUUUUCGAUGGUUAUUCUUCCUGGGACUGGUAGUGAAAUGUCCGCUUUUUCAAGUUCAGAGGAAACCAAAAUCCACAAUGAAUCCAUAUCUGCAGACUGCUCCAACCAUGACAGACAUAGCAUUUCAGGUUCUGACAAUGUCUGUAUUAAUUCAGAAGAAAUCAAUAUUAGUACUGGUGAUGAUAUUGGUAAACAACAGUUAACUAAUGGGAUUGCCAUAUUGCUUGAGAAUGGUACCACAGAAAGAGUACUGAAUGCGAUAGUUUCAGAAGGCACUGAGGAGGAUAUGCCUAACGUUACAGAUAAGAGCAAAGUUAUGAACUCUCCGUUAGAUUUGCCAGAUGCAAUGAUAACCGAUGAGAGCAUGGAACCUGGGAGAGCAGUUAGCUCUACACAGUGUGCAAAUACAACCGUAAGUUCAUCUGUCAAAGAUUCUAUACCUUCAGAAGUAAAGCUUUCCGGUACUAUGGAUUUUGCCUUAGAACCUUCUCCUAAUGGAUUCAGUGAUUUGCAUGGGAGCAAUUCAAUGUGUGAUUGUUCUGAUGCUAUGGUUACAAUUAACAGUGGUUUUAUGGGAUCUUCACCUGAUAAUAGAAAAAGGCGAAAAGUCUCUCCUUGUCAGCCUGGUUUUCCUAGUCAGAUGAUAUCCGAGAUCAGCAAGGGACCUCUAACUGCAGAUAUCUUAACAUUUGGUGUAGGACUUCCCUCCAAUAUGAAUGAGGUUCUAACGCAACCAGAAGGGGAGGUUACAGUUUCUAACAUGGAUAAUCAUUUAUCUUCUAUCAGGAGAGAUGUCUGUAAGGCUAGGGAUGGUGAAAGUUUGAAAGUUGACCACACAAAAGCUGAUUCUUGUGAUGAGUCUUGUAUUCCUAUUCCAGCAUCCUCUUGCUCGCCAGUAUGUGGAAGUGAGCAGACAGUAAGUGCAACUCCGAUUAUGGAUGACCAUAACCAUAGCAAUGAAGCUGUGUGUAGGGAAAACAGUGAGGCAGAGAAAAUGGACAGUGUUGCUGCAGAAAAGCAAGAUACAGUGUGCACUGAGACCACUCAAUUGGAAACUACUUCAGACCGUCAGUCCUCAGACAGAAAUCAAAGAUUGCCUAGUAUGACUAUGGAAUCUGAUGAAUAUCAUCUUGAAAGUGAUGAUUUGCCUUCUGUUUCAACUUAUCUUGCUUUGGCUAUUGAAGGUGAUGGGGUUUCUACUACUAACUCCAAUGAUGAAAUCAUGGAGUUUGAUACUACACUAUCUGAUAUGGGUUCUCCCGAAAUUUUGUCUGAUCUCUCUGUUAUACGGUCAUUUCAUCCUGAACCAUUGACUAGCCAAAAUUCUAAUGAAAAGGUUUGUGGGGAUGAAAAAAUGCCAAGUGGGAAACCUGUGACUGAAGGCAUCCCUAAUUUAUUUUCUGAUGCUUCAUCAUUACAGUGUGUCAAGAAUGAUUUAAUUUUGGGUUCUACACUGGAAGAUGCUCACUUAGUUGCUGGGAGAACUAGGCCAUCACCAUCAUCAGAUGUCAAAUUUGUUGCUAAUAGUCUAAAUUUCCGAAGUGGAGAAACUGAUGGGAAGAAGAACAAACUGAGGCACUCUGCUUCUAGAAUUCCUUCCAGUCGUUCUUCUUUCAUUUUUAAUUCUACAAAGAAUGCGGCCUCAUCAACCCAAAUCAAAAAGCUCCGAACGUGGCAUCGCACAGAAAAUUCAUCUACUCCUCCCAUGCCUGGAAACAAGUCUUUUUUACAUGCAAUCCCUCCUCAAGGUCAUAUACCAAAUAAGGCUGCUAAUGUGCAGAGUAUGUCUUACAUUCGUAAAGGUAAUAGUCUUGUUAGAAAACCUGCUCCGGUAACCACUCAGCCCCAAGUUUCUCAUGGUUUGACUUCAUCAGUUUAUCAGUUGAAUUCCUUAGGAGUAGGUGAAUCAAAGAAGACUACAGUAUCUGACAGUAGGGCUGAUGUAUUUGACAUAUCAAAUUUGUUUAGGACGGGAGGUGCAAAUGCUCCAUUUGAUAGGCCUAGAACACCUCCCUUGCCCUCUGUCACAAAGGUGCCAAAUCACACUACCAAUUUGUCAGGGGAUUGUACAUCCUUCCAGUUGUCUGAGCCUCUUCCUAAUGGUUGCUCUGAGGCUACUCCGGAUCCUCAGAAAUUUGUGGAAAGUAAUAAUGCACUGAAAACUUGUAAUGAUGCUUUGAAGGUUUCUGAAACUCGUGUAAAUCAAACUGGUUCGGUUAACAGUUUGGAAAGCCAGGUUGAAUUGAAUGAUGGGGCUUUGGCUGCUUCAAAUAUGAAGAGAAUAACAUAUGUGAAGAGAAAAUCAAAUCAAUUGGUUGCAGCUUCAAAUCAUCAUAGCUCAUCUAUUCAAAAUGCUGAUAAGAUCCAAGGUGUCACCUCAGAUAGCUACUACAAGAGACGCAAAAAUCAGCUAAUAAGGACUCCAGUGGAAAGUCACAUAAAUCAGACAGUCACCUUACCUGAUGGUGCUUCAGUUUCUGAGGGAAAAGCUGCUUCAAAGGACGUAUUCAGGAGAAGUCUUAGUAAAAAACGAUCUUAUAGAGUUUUAAUGAAGAUCCAAGAACCUUCAAGGUCUUCUUUGGUUUGGACACUAAAAAGUAUGCAGUCAUCAAAAGAUGAUGAUCAUUUCUCGUGUCCUCGGAAAAUCCUGCCUUCCCUCUUUCCCUGGAAAAGAACAGCAUAUUGGAGACGUUUUGUGCAAAAUUCAGUUUCAGUUCCAAAUAACAGUUCCUUGUCUGCAAUCAGUCGGAAAUUGUUGCUGCUGAGAAAAAGAGAUACAGUUUACACAAGGUCAAACCAUGGAUUUUCCCUUCGUAAAUCUAAGGUAUUAAGUGUUGGUGGAUCUAGUCUGAAAUGGUCAAAAUCCAUUGAAAAUCGUUCAAAGAAAGCUAAUGAGGAAGCUACAUUGGCUGUCGCUGCAGUUGGGAAGAAGAAAAGAGAGCAAAGUGUUGCUAAAUCCUUUGCUUCUGAGACAAAGAGCAGAAGUCAUUCUUCCCGAGAACGAAUAUUCCGCAUAGGCUCUGUUCGAUACAAAAUGGAUUCUUCAAGACGGACCCUUCAGAGGAUAUCAGAUGAUGAAUCAACAGGUUCAGCUUCUCUCGAUUUGGAAAAAAAUGUCAAGAAGUCUUAUAUUCCAAGGAGAUUAGUUAUUGGCAAUGAUGAAUAUGUUCGAAUUGGCAAUGGUAACCAGCUUAUAAGAGAUCCAAAGAAGCGAACUCGUGUUCUGGCUAGCGAGAAAGUACGCUGGAGUUUGCACACAGCCAGAUUGCGAUUAGCUAAAAAGCGGAAGUACUGUCAGUUUUUUACAAGAUUUGGGAAAUGCAGUAAGGAUGAUGGAAAAUGUCCAUAUGUUCAUGAUCCCUCCAAAAUCGCAGUGUGCACAAAGUUUCUGAAUGGUUUAUGUUCCAAUUCCAACUGCAAAUUGACUCAUAAGGUUACAGAUGUGAUUGAUAAGAUCAAGUGGUCUGCUCCAAGGGAUAGUGGGCUUUUUCUCAUAGUUUGCUGGCAUUUAACUUCAGUUUUACAUUUCAUGCAGGUCAUUCCGGAAAGAAUGCCAGAUUGUUCUUAUUUCUUGCAAGGUUUGUGCUCCAACAAGGAUUGUCCUUACAGGCAUGUACAUGUGAAUCCAAAAGCCUCUACUUGUGAAGGAUUUCUAAAGGGCUAUUGCGCAGAUGGGAAUGAGUGUCGGAAGAAGCACAGCUAUGUCUGCCCCACUUUUGAAGCAACAGGCUCCUGCCCUCUAGGACUCAAGUGCAAGCUUCACCACCCAAAAAGCCGAAGCAAGGGAAAGAAAAUCAGACAAUCAAGGAAGCAGAAGAACAAUCGAGGGCGUUAUUUUGGUUCUGUGAGCAUCGAGGACUCUGAGCCUCAAAAAAUGACGUCUGAAAGGAAUUCAAUGCUCGAAAAUGGGGAUAUUUGUUUUGAUGGAAAAUUUGCAGAUUAUAUUAGCCUUGAUGUUAGUGACGAAGAAGCUGGGGAAACUAAUGAUAUGACGCGUGAACAAACAGCCUUUGAUGAUGUAAACGUCUCAGAUUCACAAAUAGACGAUCUUGAUGAGCUAGUGAGACCAAUUCGCAUAAUGAACUUAAGCUGACAACAUAGUCAUCUCUGUACAGUGGACUCCUGACUAGGAGCGUGGCAACUGGCCAUGGACAAUUGAGAAUGGGUAUUUUCUGUUGUAAAUUAGAUAUAGGAAAAGUAGGCCUGUUCUUGUUUGGGUCUUUGCUCUACGUUUAGAGAUAGGAUAAACCACCACGCGCCACCCUCAUUAUGUUGUUUCUAUUUUUGUAGGAUUUAUUUUUUAUUCUCUACAGUGUACACCAAUACAAAUGUACAGGAAUUUAGAAAUGAAAUGAAAAUCCGAAGGCAUUGGGAUUAUUA